GGGAGGAAGUUGGACCCACAAAGCAAGCAGUGCCGCUGUGCUAGCACACAUAUAUAUAUUUAUAAUAUAUAUAUAUAUAAAUAUAUACACACACAUAAAAAUACACCAAAGUAGAGGGACUUCAACUGGGAAAACAUGCGCCACAUUGGAGCUGGAAAACGGACAGCUUAACCGGAAGAGGAGCGGACUCCUGCGUUCGGGCUGGCAAGACGCUCCAGGGAGGCAGCGGGACGCACAGCUGCUUUAGCCGGAGAGAGUGCUCUCCAGCGCGGAUAGCCGGGCAGCCAGGAGUCGCUCGGUCGUCUCGUCCCUCGUUUUUUUUUCUUUCGUUUUUUGUCUUUUUCUCUCCUUCAUUCGCUGAGCGUCGACGUCCCGGAGGAGGAGGAGGAGGAGGAGGAGCGUGGUGUUUUUAUUUUAUUUUUUAAAAACACCAUAAAUGUGUUGCCUUGUUAUUUAAAUAGGAUUUCACGCCAGAGAGGAGAAGUUUUAACAAGAUAACUCUCCCCCCACCACCACCCCUCUUCCUUCCCCCACCUCCUCCUCCGACAUCAGCGUCACCACCAACCCGCAGUCAGUCGCUCUCUGCUGGGUCUGCAGGCGAGGAGGGACCCCCUCCCCUUUUACAAUUGGGGUAACUCACCCAGCAAACGAUGGAUUAUCUUCUGCGAGUUUCUCUUUGUUUUUUAACCCUUUUUUAAAUUUUAUUUUGUAUUCCUCUCUUUUGCACGUUUUCGGGGGGUUGGGGAGGGUUGAAAAAAAUACUUCCCCAAAUAAACGAAGCGGACUCCGUUAGCUCGUUAACGAAAACACGAAAUCGAGCCCGAGGAGCCGUUAAAGUCCUCCUGCUCGCGGCACCUCGUGGCCGCCGGUCACCGGGACGUCAUUCAACACACAUCGGCCGCCGUUAAAUAAAACGAACUCGAUGUAUUUAUCGAUUAAUCACCUCUUUAUUUUUUAGGGAGUUAGCCUAACUGGCUAGCUAGCUUGGCUGCUAACUAGCAGGCGGACCCAAAAAUAUAUCGAUCCCCCCCCCCUCUCGCCCCCACCCCCCUCGAGGCUAAAACAAGGAUCUGCCUCGUGAGAAAUCAAUUAGCUUCAUCUAAACCUCUUAAGUUGAUUAAUGACGUCUUUUUAAGGGUGUUUUUUUUAUUUUUAAAAGUGUAUUUAUUAUUGUGUGAUUUAUUUAAAGGAAUUUAAACCGGAAGCAGCGACGGAAACAUAAUGUAACCUGCACAUUAUAAUAAUUCAAAUUAUUAUUAUUAUUAUUAGAACUGCUGCUGCUGCAGCUGAGCCGUUGAGGAGGAGGAAGAAGUCACACCUCGAUUAUCCGCAGAUUGACCUGUCGCCGCCUCCUUUUAUUCCCGGCUGAGAGCCGCACGUGUCCCUGUUUCAUUACCGGGUUUCCAGGAGCCACAAGGAUCCACCAGAAUCCAGCAGGAUCCACAAGGAUCCACCAGGAGCCACAAGGAUCCGCGUCUCCUCUUUCAAAGACCUGCUGCACAUGCUGCACACCAGUGGUGUUUUUUUGGGGGCCACAUUUCCAUCACGAGGAACCAGGAAGGACCCCCCCACAGACCUGCAGGACUUUGACAGCUGUCUCCCUGGUGCAUCCAGCUUCUCCGCGAGAGACAGACACGAACAAUUCAAGCAAAAGGAAUCUUUGCUUUUGCAUUAUUUUUAUUUGUUCGCCCUCCAAAGCAACCUGCAUUUUGUAUUAUUAUUAUUUUUUGUUUUCAAAUUUCUUCUCCUAUAAAAUGGGAUUACAAGGCCGGAGAUCCUGAUUUACUUCUUUUUAUGUCCCCCCCCCCCCUUGAAUUACCCUUUUUAACAUUUUUUUAUUAUUAAUUAUUUUUUGUUGUUGGUGUGUCACAAUGAUGGUAGUCUGAGGGCGAAGUGAGGGACCCCCCCCCCCCCCCCUCCUCAGUUCAUGCUGCUCAUAUCUAGCAGAGGAGGACAUUGUUGUUAUUUUUAAUUCCCUACAAAAAACAACAACAACAACACAACACACACAUCCCUCUGGUUGUUUUUUAUUAUCGAUUGGCUCGUCCCAGGGUCGAAAGAUGGCGGACCUGGAAGCGGUGCUCGCCGAUGUCAGCUAUCUGAUGGCGAUGGAGAAGAGCAAGUCCACUCCGGCGGCCCGGGCGAGCAAGAAGAUCAUCCUGCCGGAGCCCAGCAUCCGCAGCGUGAUGCAGAAGUAUCUGGAGGAGAGAGACGAACUGACGUUUGACAAAAUCUUCAACCAGAAAAUUGGCUUCCUCCUGUUCAAGGACUUCUGCAUGAACGAGAUCGACGAAGCCGUGCCGCAGCUCAAGUUCUACGAGGAAAUUAAGGACUACGAGAAGCUGGACUCGGAGGAGGAGAGGUUGAGCCGCAGCCGGCAGAUUUACGACGGCUACAUCAUGAAGGAGCUGCUGUCCUGUUCACACCCAUUUUCUAAGAAGGCGGUGGACCACGUGCAGAGUCACUUAACGAAGAAGCAGGUUCCCCCGACUCUCUUCCAGCCGUACAUCGUGGAGAUCUGCGACAGCUUGAGGGGGAAGAUCUUCCAGAAGUUCAUCGAGAGUGACAAAUUUACUCGGUUUUGCCAGUGGAAGAACGUGGAGCUAAACAUCCACCUGACCAUGAACGACUUCAGCGUGCAUCGGAUCAUCGGCCGAGGCGGCUUCGGGGAAGUGUACGGCUGCAGGAAGGCCGACACGGGCAAGAUGUACGCCAUGAAGUGUCUGGACAAGAAGAGGAUCAAGAUGAAGCAGGGAGAGACUCUGGCGCUCAACGAGAGGAUCAUGCUGUCGCUAGUCAGCACCGGGGACUGCCCGUUCAUCGUGUGCAUGACGUACGCCUUCCACACCCCCGACAAGCUCUGCUUCAUCCUGGACCUCAUGAACGGUGGGGACCUCCACUACCACUUGUCUCAGCACGGCGUCUUCAGUGAGAAGGAGAUGCGUUUCUACGCGGCUGAGAUCAUCCUGGGUCUGGAGCACAUGCACAACCGCUUCGUCGUCUACAGAGACCUCAAGCCAGCUAAUAUCCUGCUGGAUGAACACGGUCACGUCCGUAUCUCGGACCUCGGCCUGGCCUGUGACUUCUCCAAGAAGAAGCCCCACGCUAGUGUGGGGACUCACGGCUACAUGGCUCCAGAGGUUCUCCAGAAGGGAACGGCGUACGACAGCAGCGCCGACUGGUUCUCUUUAGGCUGCAUGCUCUUCAAGCUGCUCCGAGGGCACAGCCCCUUCAGGCAGCACAAGACCAAAGACAAACAUGAGAUCGACCGCAUGACGCUCACCAUGAAUGUGGAGCUGCCAGACUCGUUCACUGCGGAGCUCAAAGACCUUCUGGAGGGACUCCUGCAGAGAGACGUCUCCAAGAGGCUGGGCUGCCAGGGCCAAGGGGCCCCGGAGGUGAAGGAGCACCAGUUCUUCAAAGGCAUCGACUGGCAGCAGGUUUACCUGCAGAAGUACUCUCCUCCUUUAAUUCCUCCCAGGGGGGAGGUGAACGCCGCCGACGCUUUCGACAUCGGCUCCUUUGAUGAGGAGGACACCAAGGGCAUCAAGCUGCUGGACAGCGACCAGGAGCUGUACAAGAACUUCCCUCUGGUCAUCUCGGAGCGCUGGCAGCAGGAAGUGGCGGAGACGGUCUACGAGGCCGUCAACUCGGACACGGACAAGAACGAGGCUCGCAAGAGGGCGAAGAACAAGCAGCUGGGCCACGAGGAGGACUACGCCUUCGGGAAGGACUGCAUCAUGCACGGCUACAUGCUGAAGCUGGGGAACCCGUUCCUCACCCAGUGGCAGCGGCGCUACUUCUACCUGUUCCCCAACCGGGUGGAGUGGAGGGGGGAGGGGGAGUCACGGCAAAACCUGCUGACGAUGGAGCAGAUCGUGACGGUGGAAGAAACGCAGAUUAAAGACAAGAAGUGUAUCCUGCUGCGCAUCAAAGGAGGGAAGCAGUUUGUGCUGCAGUGUGAGAGCGACCCGGAGUUCGUGCAGUGGAAGAAAGAGCUGACCGAAGCGUUCACGGAAGCCCAGAAGCUGCUGCGUCGGGCCCCCAAAGUCAUCGGGAAGGGCCGGGCCGGCGUGGUGGAGCUCUCCAAACCGCCGCUCACACACCGCAACAGCAACGGCCUGUGAAUGCACAGGUGUCGCUUUUCUCCAUUGAUCGACUCCAUUGAUCGACUUCAUUGAUCGUCUUCAUUGAUCGACUUCAUUGAUCGACUUCAUUGAUCGACUCCAUUGAUCGACUCCAUUGAUCGACUUCAUUGAUCGACUUCAUUGAUCGACUUCAUUGAUCGACUCCAUUGAUCGACUCCAUUGAUCGACUCCAUUGAUCGACUUCAUUGAUCGACUUCAUUGAUCGACUUCAUUGAUCGACUCCAUUGAUCGACUCCAUUGAUCGACUCCAUUGAUCGACUUCAUUGAUCGACUUCAUUGAUCGACUUCAUUGAUCGACUUCAUUGAUCGACUCCAUUGAUCGACUCCAUUGAUCGACUUCAUUGAUCGACUCCAUUGAUCGACUUCAUUGAUCGACUUCAUUGAUCGACUCCAUUGAUCGUCUUCAUUGAUCGACUUCAUUGAUCGACUCCAUUGAUCGACUUCAUUGAUCGACUUCAUUGAUCGACUUCAUUGAUCGACUCCAUUGUUAGACAACACUGAUUGAACUUCCACGAGGAGCCUGAACGUUGCGCUUUUGUUUGUUUGCGUCGUCGCUUCACAACAACAACAACAACAACAACAACAACACCCCCUCUCCCUCCAGGAUUAAGCUAAUUAAAAGGAAAAAGUCGACCGUUAAACUUUAAAUUCACCAAAAGUUUCUUUGAGGCAUUUUUAUGGAUCAUCUUUCUGAUGUUUGAGGCAUUUCAGGUGUUUUUCUUUUGUUUUUAAUCAUGAAGGGUUUAAAUAUUAUUAUUUCUUUCUUUUUUUCUGCACUCGUCACCGCACCCUGCCUCAUCUGCACGUCGUUCUGUACCGGUUGAGUCGGCCUGCAUUUCCCAGAAUGCCUUU